AUGGAAGUUUCAAAACCCGACGCGCCAACGGCAGAUUCUAACCUCGAAGCUCUGGGUUAUACAGCUGAACUGUCCCGCAACCGAUCGACAUGGCAGGUCGUGUUCAUGUGCUUCAUCCUUGCCUCCGUGCCAUAUGGUCUGUCCACCACCAUGUCAUACGCCUUGAUAGGUGGCGGUUCGGCCAAUAUGAUCUGGGGCUGGAUUGUUGUUUCUCUGAUCAUGCUGUGUGUAGGCGUUUCUCUAGCUGAAAUCACCUCGGUAUAUCCUACUGCUGGUGGUGUCUAUUACCAAACUUUUGCCCUCUCGCCCUCCUGGUGCCGCCGCUCCACUGCUUGGGUGUGUGGUUGGUCUUUUGUCGCGGGUAAUAUCACCAUCACGUUGGCUGUUAACUUUGCGACCGCACUUUUCUUCAUCGAAUGUUUAAAUGUGUUCAAGGAUGCGGCUGGUAACGGCAUUGCUGCCAACCUGGAGACUUGGCAGACUUAUCUCAUUUUUGUCGCCAUCACUGUUCUCUGUCAUGCCAUUCCCACUUUCGGGAAUAGGUGGCUCACCCAUAUCGAGACCUUUGCUAUUUUCUGGACUAUCGUUGGCGUGACAGCUAUUCUGAUUACCAUCCUGGUUGUUGCCGACAACGGACGCCGAUCGGCUGAAUUUGUCUUCACCUCGUUUGAGCCUCAAUCUAACUGGCCUGAUGGAUGGUCAUUCUGUAUUGGGUUACUCCAGGCUGCAUACGGUCUUUCGGCUACUGGAAUGGUCACAUCCAUGUGCGAGGAGGUCCGUCAGCCUGCCAUCCAGGUUCCCCGCGCUAUCGUCGGUGGUGUCGCUCUCAACGCCCUGGCCGGUUUCGCGUUCCUCAUUCCUAUCGCAUUUGUGCUUCCGGAUGUUGCCAUGCUUGCAGCUCUCCCAUCUGGUCAGCCCGUGCCGACCAUUGUGUUGUCUGCGACUGGCAACUCCGCUGGUGCAUUCUGUCUCUUGAUUCCAUUGAUUGUCCUUGGACUGAUCUGUGGAAUUGGAUGUGUCACUGCUACGUCUCGAAUUACUUGGGCGUUCGCUCGUGACGGUGCCAUUCCCGGCUCUGGAUGGUGGAAGACUGUCAACAAUCGUCUACAGAUUCCUCUGAACUCAUUGCUGUUGGGUAUGGCCAUUGAGCUGCUUCUCGGCUUGAUCUACUUUGGUUCAAGCGCUGCCUUCAAUGCCUUCUCCGGUGUCGGUGUCAUUUUCCUCACCCUGAGUUAUGCCUGCCCCGUCGCCGUGUCUUUAAUUCUCCGCAAGCGCCAAGAUCUUAAGCGCGGUCCUUACAACCUUGGAGUCCUCGGCACCUUCUGCAACGUGGUUUGCAUUGCUUGGUGUCUUCUCGCUAUCCCACUAUUCUCCAUGCCCACGAGUCUUCCCGUCACCAAGGACACAAUGAACUAUGCGUGCGUUGUGUUUGUCGGUUUUGUCAUUAUCUCCGGUGUGUGGUACGCAGUAUGGGGUAAGAAGAACUACAUUGGUCCCGCACUCGAAGAAAUCGAUGGUCAACCUGAUUUACAAGCUGGUGACCACUCCGACAUCGACAUUGCCCCGAACAAGUGA